AAAGAACUGCCCACUUCCGAAGUUCUCCAGGCACUCCAGGUAACCACCAGACUUUCCCCAAUUUCACCCAGCCUCAGCAAGGUGCUACAUCCGGUUUGACCACGACAACCCUUUUUCCGGCUACACUGUCUGAAAGUAUCGGCAACACACCAGCGAGAACCAAUAGCGCACAGUCUCUAGGUUCUUUGAUGUAAUGCCUCGCCCCCGGGUCAAGGACGAAGACCGGAAGCGAGUAGCACGUGCUUGUGACACCUGCAAGAGGCGUAAGGAAAAGUGCGAUGGCCAGCAACCAUGCCUUUUAUGUAAGCGACGAGGCCGAGAGCCUGAGUGUGUCUUCUCGGAGGAAUCUUCCCGAAGAGGGUCACAUCGCAAGGACAGGUCGUCCCUGUCGCAACCCAUGACUCUUAUGGACGCACUGAACGACUCCAACGAUGCAGAGAUCGCCAUAGAGUCACUGCUGACGUUGUCCGGGUCAAGAAGCGCCCCAAAGUCGCCGCAAUAUGACAAAUAUCAAGACGAUCUAAUCUCGAGAGCGCCGGUACCAAAACUCGCCAGGCUCCUACGUGACGGCCGUGGCAAAUUCAUCUUUGUCGGAGAUUCCAGCAACUUGGCAUUCGUACAGAACAUCCGGCGCCUCGUGAAGAUGGAGAUUGGAGAAUGCCAAAUGACCUCGGAUCCUUUACGCCAUGCCAUGUGCGAGGUCAUACCGCCUCACAAGACUCCCUCGCUAUCCCAGACCCAGCAGCCGAAACCGGAUGAAGCCGAAGCACGAGAACUUGUCAAACACUAUUUGCUGGCAUCCAGUGGCGUGAUAGAUCUUUUCGACCCGGACGAGAUCACAGAUCAUCUCUGCGCCUGGACCCGUGAGCCAGCUACCGAGACCGACUUCAACAGUUCAAUUUACUAUCUAAUAAUGGCAGUUGGGGCCUUGACACGCACUGCUGACGACCUGGAUCAGGCCGAAUUCUACUUUUUGCGUGGUCGAGAAAUUGGCGUUUCUAGUUUCCUGGAGGAUCCCAGUGUCCUGACCAUUCAGGCUUAUGCUUUGAUCGCCUUUUACAUGUUGACUGCCACUCGCCGGAAUGGCGCCUUCAUGUUGCUUGGAAUAGCUGUUCGGGCAGCGUACGCCCUGGGCCUGCACAGAAGUGACAUCUCGAAGCUCUUUGAGCCCCGAGAAAGACUGGCCCGCGAACGGGUAUGGAAAAGCCUGCGUGUGCUCGAUUUGUACAUGAGUGGCUCGCUUGGCCGACCGCCAGCGACUUCGGAAGUGGACGGUGGGAGCGUGUCGUGGAACAAGUCUACCAGAGACUAUGAAGGCAUCCAGAUGAACGGGCGCAAUACCUCGGCCACAUUAAGGAUCUGCUUCAUCUUCGAACGAAUAUUGAACGAGGUCUACUGUCGCCGCGAGGUUUCGGUACAACUCGUCGAAAGCAUAUCUAGGCAAUAUCGAGAUUGGACGAUACAGUUACCGGCAGGCCUGCAAGCUGAUAGUCUGGACCAAAAGGCCGGUUCCACUGCACCAACACUGCGGCAGACCAUCGGGAUUGCUCAUCUCAAGGGCGCAUACUAUUGGUCAAUCAUUCUAUUGACGAGGCCUUUCCUUAUCUUCAAGGUUUCGUCGAAAAUCAAAGGCCGCGCAGACGAGGAAGAUGGGGCCGGAAAUUCGGUGACCAUGACGCUGAGUGAAGCUUGCAUCGACGCGGCAUUGAGAGGUAUCGAGAUUGCAACGGACCUCGUCCACACUCUGGGCGUCCCAAAAAGACUCUUCAUGAUCACCAACAGCGUUUUCAUCUCCGCCAUAGUAAUCGGCUUCGCAAUAUUUGGGGACUUUGACAAGUCUUUUCCUUUGCUCAGCAGCAUUGCUCAAGCGGAGUCCAUCUUGACACUCAUGGCGAAGGAUGACUUGUCCGCACGUCGGCAGGAUGAGAUUACCCGGUCUUUGCAUCUAGCCGCCAUUGAACAUAUCAAGAGACGGGAUCAGCUGCAAAUGCAGAAGCGUCGCCAAGACAUUCACAACAUCUUCGGGGAUCCCAUCAAUAAGAACAACAGUGCAAAGUCGACGAGGCCGAACACAGGCAGCCAUACUCCAUCUGAGACUGCAAUGCCCGAGACGCCCGCUCAAAACAGCGGCUUGGAGGGCUUCAAUGUUUCGGAACCCGCCCAGGGUCCAGCACCACCCUGGCAGCUGCGAUUUGACAUGCCACCGGAGAGUCGUGGGCCGGUGCUAACGACUUCUGGCGCGUUGGCCUACAAUGACGAGGACUCUGGAGAAGCUCUCCCAGCACUGCCACGGGCAGAAUUUGGACACUUGCCUGGAGCAGAUAACUUCUCGCCAGAUGGUUCAGGGAUCCCGAGCCUGUCAUCGUAUGCUGAGGAGUUUCCACUCUUUUCUUUGAUGACCGAGUUUGACCAGCUGCCGGAUCCAUUCAGCAUGACCGGGACUUGAUUGGCACAGUCGUCGCGGGUCCAUUCCCAUGAAAGAGCCCUACGCCUGCGGUGAGCAGACUAACAUA